GGAGGCUCUGCUUGUUGAGUAGAGCUCCCCACACACAGCUCAAACAAAGGACAACUCAGAGGAGACUCUUGAGCAAACGAAGUGACCAUGGACCUGAUACCAGCCUUCUCCAUGGAGACCUGGGUCCUCCUGGCCACCAGCCUGGUGCUGCUCUAUCUGAAGAUGUGCUUGUUCUUCCUGCAGUCCAUGGUCCGGUCAGUACUCCUCACCAAGACCACCGUUCAAAGGCACCGCGCCUUCUUCAGUGGUGUGUGGGAUUUUGACCUGAAAUGUUCUAAAAAGUUUGGAAAAUUAUGGGGGUUUUACGACGGUCAGCAGCCUGUGAUAGCCAUCACAGACCCAGCCAUGAUCAAGACCAUAAUGGUGAAGGAGUGUUAUUCCGUCUUCACAAACCGGAGGCCUUUUGGUCCCGUGGGAUUCAUGAAGUCUGCCAUUUCUGUGGCCGAGGAUGAUGAGUGGAAGAGAAUGAGAACGUUAUUAUCCCCAACUUUCACCAGUGGAAAGCUCAAGGAGAUGUUCCCCAUCAUAGGCCAGUAUGGAGACAUGUUGGUGAAGCAUCUGAGAGAGGAGGCAGAGAGGGGCAAGCCUGUUCCAUUGAAAAGCAUCUUUGGGGCCUACAGCAUGGACGUCAUCACCAGCACAUCCUUCGGCGUGAACAUCGACUCCCUCAACAACCCAGAGGAUGCCUUUGUGCAAAAAGUCAGGAAGCUCAUAAAAUUUGAUUUCUUGGAUCCAAUGCUUCUCUCAAUAAUAAUCUUUCCAUUCCUUACUCCCAUUUUUGAGGCAUUAAAUAUUUCUAUGUUCCCGAAAGAUGUUACUGAUUUUUUCAAAAAAUCUGUACAGAAAAUGAAAGAACGCCGCCUGGGGGAUCGUCAAAAGCACCGAGUGGACUUCCUUCAGCUGAUGAUCGACUCCCAGAAUUCCAAAGGAGCCUCCGCCCAUAAAGCGUUGACAGACCUGGAGCUCGUGGCUCAAUCAAUCAUCUUUAUUUUCGCGGGCUACGAGACCACCAGUACUGCCCUCUCCUUCGUCAUGUACUUAUUGGCCACCCACCCCGACUGUCAGCAGAAACUGCAGCAGGAGAUCGACGAGGCUCUGCCCAGUAAGGCGCCCCCCAAUUACGACGUUGUGAAUCAGAUGGAGUAUCUUGACAUGGUGGUGAAUGAAACCCUGAGACUGUACCCGAUCGCUGGCAGAAUUGAGAGGGUCUGCAAGAAGGAUGUGGAAGUGUGUGGACUGAUGAUUCCUAAGGGGACAGUGGUGAUGGUGCCAUCUUUUGCUCUUCAGCGAGACCCAGAAUACUGGCCUGAGCCCGAGAAGUUCCUCCCUGAAAGGUUCAGUAAGGAGAACAAGGACAACAUUGACCCUUACUUGUACCUGCCCUUUGGAACUGGCCCCCGAAAUUGCAUCGGCAUGAGGUUCGCUCUCAUGAACAUGAAGCUUGCUAUCAUCAGAAUUCUUCAGGAGUUCUCCGUCAAACCUUGUAAAGAAACACAGAUCCCCUUAAAAAUAGGCAAGGAUGCACUUCUAACACCGGAAGUGCCCGUUGUUGUGAAGUUUGAGUCAAGAGAUGGAACUGUAAGCGGUGCCUGAGAUCUUCAUCUUCAUUCUCACGGAAGCAGCUUCCCAGCGAUGACAGACCUUCCCGGACUCCGUGAAUCUCCCCAGAAAGGAAGACGGCAGAAUCAGCUGCACUUGAUUACCACCAUCAGGGAUUCCAUAAACGCAUUUAGCUUUCUUAGUGUCCACACAAAAUAGCACAUAAAGUAUAAUAUGUAAUAUUAAAAUGGAGAUUAAACUGGCACCAGAUGUCAAAAUUCA